AAAACAAAAUAUAAUUAACAAAUCUUGGCAUAUAUAAACUCAGUGCGUUAAUUGACAUGUAUAAAUCAUUAAAUAUAAACAAAAACAUACAGGUUGUGUGAGAAAAAUUGAGUCUAAACAAAAGUGGAAAAAAAAACUAAAAUAAUUUUUAUUAUAUUAUGAAUGAAGACGAUAAAAUAAGUGCGAGUGUUGUGAAUGAACCGCAGCAGCCAAGUGGAAUAAAUACAUGUCGAAAAAGAAAUCUAUUGCAACUGCUGAGGCAGUCGGGCACGCCUGCAACAUCAAUGCCCACUCCCCUGCAGGUUGACACCGAUGAAGCUGGCCCUCAGCAGCAGCAGUUGCUAAACCUUUCGUUUAAACGUGACGCUAACACCAGUAAAAUAAAUGCCGGAAAAAGGAAUGCUUCGCCAGAUAACACGGAAAAGUCUAUGUGUAAUAUGUGCUGUCGCAAGGACGAGGUUUGUGCUAAUCUGCAGCAUAAUCAUGCAACAGUGUUGACUGUCAGUGAUAUUACGAGACUGCCUAGUUGGGAUAUCAGACAAAUUUUAUCAGCCGUUUGUUCACGUUGUCUGGUUUACAUUGGCGCUAUAACUGAAUCGUCUUCGAAAUUGCGUUUGCGCUGCGAACAAGCCAUGCACAGCCAGACUGUGGUAAUAGCACCACCCACACCCGAUACUAGUCCCAAUAAUUUUCUGCAAGUAACAACAACACUGCUGGACGAUGCUGCAGACCUUACGAAUAAUGUGCAGCUACAGCGCAACUGUUAUGCUCCCGGCUAUUGUGAUGAUGCGCCCAAUGAAAUAUCCUCGUCUCUACCUGCUCCAGCACCCUUAGUGAAUCAAAAAUACGAUGCCACAUCAAGAUCUCCUUCACCUAGUAUACCGGGUAAUGACUCUAUGUUGAGAAUCCACUAUGAACGACCUGUUUCGCCCCUGACUACGGAGUCUGGCGGUGGUGGUAAGCAUAGCAAACGCAGCUAUCAACGUGUACAGGUCAUACCCGUCCAAAUGAUAUGUGCGCACUGCAAUCGUGCUUACUGGCGCAAGGACUACUAUCGAAAACAUAUGCGACGGUGCAGUGCCAAAUAUCGUUAUGCCAAAUCCCUGAUGACAACACGAUCGCGCAGUACAAGUCGCAUGGAGUUGGAUGCAGUAUCUGUUGUGUCGGAGGGAAAUGAACAAAUCACUACACAUCACCAGCCUCGAACAUAUCGUUGCAACAUAUGCACUGUCACUGUGGAAAGCAUUAGUAAAUUGCGACAGCACAAGCGUAUACAUUUGCCGCGCUACUACUGCGAUAUUUGCAAUAGUGAGUACACAUCACAAAACGAAUAUGACUUUCACCGGGCGCAGUGUAUGGCCAAAAAAGAAGUUUUUGAAAAAGGCUUAGAAGACAUCAGAAAUGAGAUAACAUCUCCACAGCCAAUGCUAGCCAGACGAAAGACUCGUUCCUUUUCGCGAGCUCAAUCUGUGGCGUCCAGCUUGGCACCUUCUAAGACUGAGACGACAACCAAAAAAGUGAAAACACCUGCCAAAAGAACAAAGACACCCAAGAAAUCAGUGCCAGAACAAAUCCAAAACGAUGAUGUGCAGUCUACAAUAACGAACUAUGUAAAAAGACAUCAAAAUCUCUACACAGACGAGGCUGAUGAAGACUUCAAUAAAGUUAUAUUCGAAAAGCAUAAUGACUACAAAGACUUGGCUGGAGAUGAUGAAGAUGACGAGGACGAUAAUGUCUCCGAAGUGGAUACAUUGUAUUCAAAACGUUUAUCUUUAACAAAUCACUGGGUAGAGGAGCACAGUAUAAGUUCACAUAGUCAUUUGUCGCAGGGCGAUAACUAUAUUGAUGACUAUAUGGAUGAUAUAACAUUUCGAUCUAUUAAGGAAUAUGAUCUUUAUUUGCUAGAUCGCUUAAAGAUUGAGGUGAGACUUAAUUCUUUAACCUGCUUUGUACCGGACUGUAGAUUCACCUGUGCCACGCUCAAUGAAAUGAUGGUGCACGACUAUAUCUACCAUUAUAAAAAGCCUCUGUUUUAUUGCCACAAAUGUGGUUAUUGUUUUACCAGCAAAGUAUUUCUAGACUAUCACCUGGACUUGCAGAACAAAGGACGCUAUGUGUGCUACAAAUGUGGCGGUCACUUUGAAUAUCAACAUCAAUUGGAUCGUCAUCUAAUCCAGCAUAAUAGACUGAGCCGACACGGAGGUGAGAAGUAUGUCUGCCAAUUUUGUAACUUUAAGUUUUUGGACGAGGACAAACUUAUGAAACAUUGUCAUUAUGAAAAUCAUGAUUGGAAUAUGACGAAACGUUCCAUUGAAAUCGAUCACUCAAUGACAAUUUCGAAUAAAGUUCCGCUAAAAAUCAACAAAGGACGCAAAAAUAAAAAAUAUAAAGUUAAAAUACUCAAAAUGACAUUAAAACCGAUGCCCACCAAACGUUGUAUACCUAUGGAAAAGUAUCGUUCCCAUUUACCCCCACAUUUGCGAAUUCCCAAUCGUAUUGGUCAAGUCGAAUUUCGUUAUCCCACGAAUCCCAAUUGUGUGGGCUGUUUAUAGCAACAAUGU